AUGACCGCGUCCGCGCGUACGUCGAGUACCUCCGCGGGGCCCGCGUCGCGCGCGGCGCCGGCGCCCUCGCUCGCGGCCGCUGGCGGAGCGGCCGGCUCGGCCCGCCCGGCGGCGGUGACGUCAUCGCGCCAUGCGAUGGCGGGAAAACAAGCAAUGUCGCUUGCUCGAUCGCACUCUGACGUGCAAUAUAAUGCGCCGCGAAAUACUAAUUCGUCGUUUGCGCAACAAAAUAAACUUUGUACCAAUUGUUUAUUUUCUGGCCAUGAGCCUAAUGAUUGCAAGUCGCGCCAUGCUUGCCGCGUUUGCGCUCAAAAGCACCACUCUUCAUUACAUGAAGACGUGCCUACUCCAAACGUCUUACUGACUACGGAGUCACCUUCUUCCCCUGAGUUACGCUCAGUAGCGGAAACCUCCACGCCCACUCCAUUACAUGGAGCUACGGGGCAACCUUCUGGUAAGAACUGUACGGUCUUACUCACGACUGCGCUUGUAAAUUUACGACCCCUGAACCAGGGGCCUUACACGCCGCGGUCCGUUCGCGCCCUUGUGGAUCAAGGAGCGCAGACCACGCUCAUUUCUGAGUCGUGCGUCCAGCGUCUUGGCCUGCCACGGUACUCUGUGACUGGCACUACGCUCACCAGCAUUGCUGGCGAUGUUCAUCCUCGUGGUUACGUGUUGUGCGAGGUUACGCCCCACAACAAACCCGAACCUAAACUUCAAAUCGAAGCUUUUAUUCUACCGAGCCUUACACGCUACACUGCUAAUAUUCCUCAAUCAAUUGGGAGUAUCCAGAGGUUCGAACACCUCCAAAAUCUUAAUCUAGCGGACCCAGAACUGCGCUCAACGCGACCUGUUGAACUGAUACUGGGUAAUGAUCAUCUCGACAGCAUACUGUUACGAGAUAAUAUUAUAGGUCCUCCGGGCACACCCGUAGCCAUCAACACUGUUUUUGGUUAUGUGAUUGGUGGUAGAAUUUCAUAUGACAGUAUGAAAUGCCUUAGUGUCAAUUUGAGCACUUGUCAACUUGACACGAAACUGCAACGAUUCUGGGAAUUGGAAUCCAUACCAGAGUACCCACAUCUUACGAAAGAUGAGUUGCGCUGUGAGUCGAUUUUCGUCGAAACUCACACACGAGAUGAAAAUGGGAAAUAUACAGUUUCCCUACCUUUCAAGGAAAACGCUCCGCCUUUGGGCGAUUCUCGUGCUAUAGCUCUCUCACGUUUAACUAAACUAGAGGCACGCCUGUCUCGCGACCCUGCCUUACGUGAGAACUAUAAUAAAUGUAUCCAAGAAUAUUUAGACUUGGGACAUAUGGAACCAGUCAGCGACUUAGCGAGUCCUGGCACUCCUCCCUACUACCUGCCUCAUCAUAUUAUCGUUAAGUCUUCUACUACUACGAAAUAUCGUAUCGUUUACGAUGCGUCAUGCAAGACUACGUCUGGCCGUUCUCUAAACGAUAAUCUGCUCACUGGUCAGAAAUUACAUCAAGACAUUUCUGACAUUCUUCUGAGAUAUAGACUUCACAAAGUCGUUUUUACGGCUGAUCUCAAAAUGAUGUAUCGCUACAUCGGUCUUUGUAAAGAACACCGAGACUUCCAUCGGAUUCUUUGGAGAUUUUCUCCCCACGAUCCUGUCAAGGAAUAUCGUAUGUGCUCUGUCACAUUCGGCGUUGCGUCCGCGCCUUUUCUGGCCUUACGCACACUUCGUCAAUUAGCAAUUGAUGAAGCUGCUAACUUUCCACUUGCCUCGCAAGUACUUCUCAACGAAGUAUUCGUUGAUGACGUCGUUACUGGAGCUGAUACGGUUGAAGAUGCUCUCACUCUUCAGCAUCAGCUGACCUCCAUUUGUAAAGCAGGGACGUUCGAACUCCGCAAAUGGACCAGUAAUAGUUCCGAGUUUCUGUCGCAUCUAAACGAUGAUGCUUCCAAUCAUGAUGAUGCUCUUAUUUUGUCAGCACUUGACACUGACACUUCGGUCAAGGUCCUAGGGCUUAAAUGGAACCCUAAAUCUGAUACUUUUACCUACCAAACGGAUAAAGUAGCUAACGGCUCACGCAAAUGUACGAAACGUAUAAUGUUAGCGGAAAUCGCUAAGAUUUACGAUCCUCUCGGGUUUCUCAGUCCAGUGACUGUUUUCGUAAAGUAUUUAAUCCAACUUUUAUGGGCAUCAGGCUCAGGAUGGGAUGCUGUUCCUCCACAGAAUAUCAGCGACUUGUGGUUUCGGUUCAUCGACGAACUGCCGUUAUUACAAGACAUCGCGUUACCUCGUCAUGUGCUUCCCAGCACACAUCAAGUGUCACUUCAUGGCUUUUCAGACGCAUCUGAAAAAGCAUAUGCUGCCUGCGUCUACAUUCGUGUUGUCGAUCCAAACGGUGCUAUUAGCACACACCUACUCAUAGGUAAAACUAAAGUUGCGCCUCUGAAACGCCUAACAAUACCUCGAUUAGAGCUAUGCGGAGCUCAUCUCUUAUCAAAAUUGAUAAAAAAGGUCCUCACUGCUUACAGCAGUAGAAUAUCGUUCGACCAAGUCUACGCUUGGUCCGAUUCCACUAUAACUCUUGCCUGGCUGCGUUCGUCUCCAGACAAAUGGCGGACAUACGUGUCUAACCGCAUAGCGGAGACAACAAGCAACGUGCCUGCCUCACAGUGGCACCACGUUCAGUCAGCAGAUAACCCCGCAGACCCCGCGUCUCGUGGUGUUCUCCCAUCUCAGUUGAACCAUCAAUUAUGGUUUACGGGACCUGCUUGGCUCAGCAAAGAUGAGUCUGAGUGGCCUAAGACUAACGUCAUAUGCCACACCGACGAAGAACGUCGUAAGCAUGUUCUUCUCACUCAAAUCAAUGAACCUAAUAGCUUAGAGUUCAUUGAGCGAUUCUCAUCGCUUCCAAGGUUACUACGCGUCACUGCUUAUGUAUUACGAUUCAUAAACAAAUGUCGUAAAAAUGAGAAUCCUACGACUAAACAUGUAACUGUUCCUGAGACGAAACAAGCUCUCAGUCGAAUAAUAUCACUUGUCCAAAGUGAUUCCUUUCCUGAAGACAUCUCUCGUCUCAAAGACGACGACCGAUGUACCAAACGUCUUCAAAAACUGAAGCCUUUCUUGGACGAUGCCGGACUCCUCAGGGUCGGCGCCGUCUUGAACUCAAGACCUCUGUGUCAACUUAGUAAUGAUCCCACUGAUCCAUUACCCCUUACUCCUGGACAUUUCCUCAUCGGGGAACCAUUAACGUCUUUACCUGAAUUUGACUUGUCUAACGACAAUCCAAACCGCCUUGCGAGAUGGCAGGUUAUUCAACAAGCCGUUCAACAUUUCUGGAAACGCUGGAGCGUAGAAUAUUUACACCAGCUACAACCAAGAGGUAAAUGGUUCCACGACAAUACUAACACAUCCCUCCGAGAGGGUUCUGUAGUCGUGUUGAUAGAUAACACACUACCACCAUUGCAAUGGCGUCUCGCGCGCGUGCAUCAAUUGCAUCCCGGCGCCGACGGUAUUACCAGAGUCGUAACUGUACGCAUCGCCUCCGCCACACGGGCGCGUUUCGAGAGCGUCGGCGUCGCGUCAGCGGAGCGACACGCCGGCGUGACGCCCGCAGGCGGCCGGCGUCACGCCGGCAGGCGGCCGGCGUGUCGCCCGCCGGACGCUGGCGGGAAGCGCGCGAUGCGCGCGCAAUCCGCUCAUGAUCUGAGCGAUAAUUUUUAA